GGAAACACCGAUAAGAAGAAAAAGAUGACGCGUAAACUGAGCAAGUUUUUGAUAUUUUUCGACAAUACGAAUCUAUUAUACUUUCCCGGUCAUUUCUUAUCCGGACGUGUGCUCAUCGAGCUCGACGAUGAGGCAUACGUCUCUGGAUUGCAUUUUCACGUUGUUGGUGAAGGAGUCGUUCGUGUUAGAAGCCAACGUGCUGAAAGGGUCUACGAUAAAGAAAACUACAUAGAUUUUCGAAUGAGACUUCUUGGGGAACCAGGGGAAGGACCGUCGCUUCUAUCACCAGGGAUUCACAGUUUUCCUUUUAAACUAGGCUUACCAUUGGGCUUACCAUCAACUUUUUUAGGUAAACAUGGUUGGGUUCAAUAUUAUUGCAAAGCUGCGCUACGAGAACCAGGUGGAUUGACGCAUAAAAAUCAACAGGUUUUCAUCGUUAUGAAUCCGAUCGAUUUGAAUCUCGAGCCACCAAUUUUAGCGCAACCUGCCAGGCAAGAAAUAGAACAACGGGUUGGCGUCUCCUGUGUGUCGGGUGGCCCGGUCUUUUGCAGAGUGAGCUUGGAUCGAGGCGGAUAUGUUCCUGGAGAAAGCAUCGGCAUCUCUGCUACGGUUAAUAAUCGUAGCAAGGUGACGAUGAAAUCAACGAAAGCUUCCUUAACGGAAACUAUUCAGUAUCUAUGUCGUGGUAAGGUGCUGGCUAGUGAAACACGAGAACUAGCUAGCGUGUCGAGAGGAAAAAUCCGGCCAGGUGAAGGUGAAGAAUGGCUGAAUGAACAAAUGUACGUUCCACCUUUACCACCGACCAAUCUCAGAGGGUGUCAUUUGAUCAACGUGCUGUAUCAUGUUUAUUUCGUUAUAAGCCCAAAGAGUCUAGAUAAGGAGAUAAAACUACAGAUACCAAUCGUACUGGCCACGUAUCCGCUAAGACAGGAAGGAGCACCAGCAGGUACUGCACCUUCCAAACGUGGAGCACAUUACCCUUCAACAUUACCUAUUUUUAGACCAUGGCUUGACGACAAAGCUUUUGAGAUACAAGAAUGAACGAAUGUAUUUUUUAAUGUUUCAUAUAUUAUUUGAAAUCAUGAAAACGUGUGCAAUAACCCGAACACGAUAAGUCUGAUUUAUAAAAAUCGGAAAAAUCAAAGAAAAUGAAAUACGCUUAUAACAUUGCUUUUUAAUUUUAUUUUUUAAAAAGAUUUGAAAAUUAUAUCGAAUUAAUUAUUCCUUCAUCCAAAUAUAUUGAAUGUUUACUAAGGAAAUAUACUCGAGAUCCUAAUGAAUUAGUUGACUAAUUUUAUUAAAUAUUUCAUUGACAACAAAAUUAUACUCAAGAUAUAUUAUUAUAUUAAUACAUUUGUUUAAUCUUCUAAAUACUUAGAUAGUAUUUAUAUGUGUAUGAGGUACAUCAAAAUCCGUCCAUUUUAAAAUGAAAUAAGAAAGAUUAAGAUAUUUUUAGGUUGCCGUAUGUAUAUUGUAUGUACAGCUGAUACGAGUUUUAAGGAGAAAUAGAAAUGAUGAAAGAAGAAUAAUAUAAUAAAAAAAUAUUAAUAUCCCA